UGGGUACAGCACGGCCUCAUGCUGCUCCGGUCCCUGCGCCUCACCAUGGGGCUCAGCCUCUUCCGGCGCCUCCUCCUGGCGGUCCUACUGCUGGUGAUCAUCUGGACCCUGUUUGGGCCCUCCGGCCUCGGGGAGGAGCUGCUGAGCCUGUCCUUGGCGUCCCUGCUGCCAGCCCCCGCCUCACCCGGGCCGCCCCUCGCCCUUCCCGGCCUCCUGAUUCCCAACCCCGAGGCUUGUGGUGGCCCCGGACCCCCUCCCUUCCUGCUCAUCCUGGUGAGCACGGCUCCAGAGCACCUGAACCAGAGGAACGCCAUUCGGGGAUCUUGGGGUGCCACCCGUGAGGCCCAGGGGUUCAGGGUACGGACGCUUUUCCUGCUGGGGGAACCUAUAGAACAGCCCCGCGUGGACCUGGCCUCGGAGUCAGCCGCCCAGGGGGACAUCCUGCAGGCCUCCUUCCGGGAUUCCUACCGCAACCUCACCCUCAAGACCCUCAGUGGCCUGAACUGGGUAAACAAAUACUGUCCUAUGGCCCGCUACGUCCUCAAGACGGAUGAUGACGUGUAUGUCAACGUCCCAGAGCUGGUGUCGGAGCUGAUCCAGAGAGGGGGGCCCUCAGAGCAAUGGCAGAAGGGUAAGGAGCCACAGGAAGAGGCCACAGCUGUCCAGGAAGAGCACCGAGGCCGGCCAGUGCCACUUCUGUACCUAGGCCGGGUGCACUGGAGAGUGAGCCCCACUCGGACACCAGGGGCCCGGCACCAAGUGUCAGAGGAACUGUGGCCCGAAACCUGGGGUCCCUUCCCACCCUACGCCUCGGGCACAGGGUACGUGCUGUCCGCCUCCGCCGUGCAGCUCAUUCUGAAGGUGGCCAGCAGGGCACCCCUCCUACCUCUAGAGGACGUCUUUGUGGGAGUGAGUGCACGGCGAGGGGGCCUGGCCCCGACACACUGUGUCAAGUUGGCGGGCGCUACCCACUACCCCCUGGACAGGUGCUGCUACGGGAAGUUCCUGCUGACCUCCCACAAGGUGGAUCCCUGGAAAAUGCAGGAGGUCUGGAGGCUCGUGAGCGGACUGAGUGGGGAGACAACCGAGCCCUUUUGCUCCUGGCUCCAGGGGUUCCUGGGCAUCUUGAGGUGCCGGUUCUUGGCCUGGCUCAACAGCUGAGAGCCUGGAGCCACAGGGAAGGAGGCAACACCUGAGGGACCUUAGCCCUGGAGCCAGUACACAGGCUGCAGCUCCCUUGGGUGACCUUUCUCCUCACAGCAGACUGAAACU